CGGACAUUUAGUUAAAAGCUGAACUUGAGUCACGAAAUACUCACUUCGAUCCUGUGAGACGUUGAUUGGCCGCGUUUUAGAGUUACCGGUAUGGAUAACACUUAAAUGGAAAUCAUGAUGUCCUGCAGACAGACAUGAACGAAACCCCUGAGGACCUGGAGACGCUCAGGUACCCGGUCCCCGUCACAGUCUUCCUGGUGGUCGCCUACUCCGCUGUGUUCGUUGUUGGAGUCACUGGCAACUGUCUGGUAGUUACAGUAGUUUAUCGUUCACCUCGGAUGCGUUCUCCUACAAACCUCUUCAUCGCCAACCUCGCCUGUGCAGACUUGUUGGUCAACGUAAUCUGUCUUCCGUUCACCCUCAUUAGUAACGUCAUGGCAGCCUGGACCAUGGGUUGGCUUCUCUGUAAGACCAUCCCUUAUCUACAAGGUGUUUCUGUGAACGCCUCCAUCAACACAUUGGUUGCCAUCUCUGUAGAACGAUGUCUCGCCAUUUGCUACCCUUUGCGAUGGCAAAUGACUCUCCAGGCUUGUAGAUCAGCUGUCAUCUUCAUCUGGGUCUUCUCUUUCACCAUCACACUUCCCUGGGCUGUCUUCUUCAAGCUGCAGACCCCAUAUGAGGGCAGUGACUUUGAGACGUGCCGAGAGUCUUGGCCUACGCCUUACAGUGAGAACGUGUACUUCGUUGUGGCAAACCUAGUGAUGUGUUAUCUUCUACCACUUUGUCUCAUCAGUGUGUGUUACUUCCUCAUCUGGAGAAGAGUUUGCUGCAGAACUUUGCCGGGAGAACAACAUGGCAACGGCAAUCAUCUCAUACACAGGUCGAAGGUGAAGGUGAUCAAGAUGCUGCUGGUAGUGAUAAUUCUCUUCGCCUGUUCCUGGCUGCCUCUCUACGUCAUCUUCACCAGGAUCAAGCUUGGAGGAGACGUCAGUCCCGGUGGUGUAGAAGAGGUCCUCAUAGUCAACCUGCUUCCCUUCGCCCAGUGGCUGGGAGCCUCCAACUCCUGCAUCAACCCCAUCCUCUACGCCUUCUUCAACCGCAAGUUCCGAGUAGGGUUCCGCGCCAUUCUCCACUCUGGUUCCUGCUGUACGCCUUUAUACUACGACCCGUGCAGCGACAUCAGAACACUCAGUGGGAAAGACUCUGUCAUGAUCAGGAGCACGAUCAGAAAACCACUGAGAGGGAGUAAAAACCGUAUGACUAUUUCCUCUGGAACUUCCCUCUUGACCAAACCGUUGUGUAAAGACAUAAAUAUUAGAACAAUGUCUUUGCGAACACCUGUUAGUAAUGUGAGGAGAAUGAGUGUCAGCGCGGAUAAUAUAAACAAGGAAGACGUGAAAAACAGACACGGGACAUUCGUCUGAAGACAAAACGUUGGCUUGUGAAGGUUACUUGUAGCCUCGAGCUAAGGCCUGGCGGCAAUUUGUGCUCGGGAA